GAGGGGCGGGUGGGAAAAGCAACUGCAGCAUUUUGAGGGACUGACCUGCCGGCUCGAAGUCUUCUGCCCGCCUUGGACUCUGUGUGUGCGUGUGCGGACGCUGGUGUGUAUCUGUGUGUCUCCGCACCGGCGAGCGAGCCAUUCAAAUUGUGAUCCAGGCACUGAGACCAGCCUGCUGGUCACUCAUCUUUCUUAACCGUCACAAGAUUUCCAAGGUGCCUAACAGCUAGCCAGUACAAGUGAUUGUGUGACCCUCAAGAGUAGCCAAGAUGACUUGGAACCUCUUCAAGAAGAAGCCCCAGCCGGAGCCCAUCAUAGCUGUUACCCCGGGCACUGCGGCACCCCAUAACCCUACCACAGCAGUGGCACCAGCAGUGUCAAUGGACAACACGACACAGCCUUCAGGCCCAGUAGAGAGCCAGGAGGAUGUCUUUGCCAAGAUUAAAGAAAAGUUCAUGAACGAGAUAAACAAGAUUCCCUUGCCGCCUUGGGCCCUGAUUGCCAUUGCUGUAGUUGCUGGGCUGCUGAUCCUCACCUGUUGCUUUUGCAUCUGCAAGAAAUGCUGCUGCAAGAAGAAGAAGAACAAGAAGGACAAAAAGGGGAUGAAAAAUGCAAUGAACAUGAAAGACAUGAAAGGCCAGAACAAACAGGAUGAUGACGAUGAUGAUGAAGAAGAAGGGGAAGGAGAGGGGGAACAGGAAGAGGAGAAGGAACCAGAGAACCUGGGCAAGCUGCAGUUCUCCCUAGACUAUGACUUCCAGGCUAACCAGCUCACAGUAGGGAUCCUCCAAGCAGCUGAGCUCCCAGCACUGGACAUGGGGGGCACAUCUGACCCUUACGUCAAAGUCUUCCUGCUUCCUGACAAGAAAAAGAAGUUUGAGACCAAAGUGCAAAAGAAGACCCUUAACCCAACCUACAAUGAGACCUUUGUCUUCAAGAUUCCAUAUCAGGAGCUGGGUGGCAAGACGUUGGUGAUGGCUAUCUAUGACUUUGACCGUUUCUCCAAACAUGACAUCAUUGGAGAAGUCAAGGUGCCUAUGAACACGGUGGACCUGGGGCAGCCCAUUGAAGAAUGGAGGGAUCUGGAGAGUGCAGAAAAAGAGGAGCCAGAGAAACUGGGAGACAUCUGUAUCUCAUUACGAUAUGUGCCCACUGCCGGGAAACUCACUGUCUGCAUCCUGGAGGCCAAGAACUUGAAAAAGAUGGAUGUCGGAGGACUUUCAGAUCCCUAUGUGAAGAUCCACCUGCUGCAGAAUGGCAAGAGGCUCAAGAAGAAGAAGACCACCGUCAAGAAGAAGACUCUGAACCCCUAUUUCAACGAGUCGUUCAGCUUUGAAAUCCCCUUUGAGCAGAUACAGAAAGUGCAAGUUGUGAUUACUGUGCUGGAUUAUGACAAGCUGGGGAAGAACGAAGCCAUUGGCAAAGUAUUUGUCGGCAACAAAUCCACUGGCACGGAGCUAAGGCACUGGUCUGACAUGCUGGCCAACCCACGCCGCCCCAUUGCCCAGUGGCAUUCCCUGAAGCCUGAAGAGGAGGUGGAUGCAGCUCUUGGGAAAAACAAAUAAGCAGCUCCAUACCCCAGCAUCACCUUCUGAACAUUCAAAGUGAUCCAGAGCUAUCAAUACCUCAGUUAGGCAACGUUUGGUUUCUGUUCCGUUCUGUUUUCUAAGCUGCAAUACCCUUUCUUUGAUGGCUGUAGAGGGAUUCUGGAUGAACUCGAGAGCAUCCAGAGGGGGGAAAGGUUUAAAGACACAGCUGUUCCUUUCGCAUUCUUCAAAGUAGUUUUGUCUGCUGCAUGUUCCAUCGUCUCUCUGUGUCGUUCUCUUCGAGCGCAAAGCAAGCUUCGUUCUUGGGUUUCUCCCCAAGGCCACCAUGAAUAGCAGCACAAAGCAAGCUUUGCUUUUACUCGCUUUGGGAUCUUCUUCCUUAAAUUGGACCUUUGAAUACCGUGCUUGGAUGAUACCAGAGCCUGACAAUGUGAGUUGACCAGAUACACUGUGCUUGCUUUGGAAGACAGCAAGGUGCACGAAGUGGUGCUCUUGGGAACCAUACGAGCAUCCUCACACUUCGAGAUUGGUGGCCUUCAGCCAUUGGCCACCCAGCAGAGAGGACAAGGAGCAACUCUGGCACUGGAACAUCCCUGAUUAUGUGGAUAGCUGGUGGCUUAAGUCUCUUUGGUGAGGGGAGUGUGGUUUUGAGCAUACAAAUUACCUAAUACUAAUUGCCCUGUAUUAUCUAGGUAAUAGUCUUCUGCUUUAGAGAGCCUUCUGCUUGAGAGCCAGUGUGGUGUAGUGGUUAAGAGCGGUAGUCACAUAAUCUGGGUAACCGGGUUCGCGUCUCCGCUCCUCCACAUGCAGCUGCUG